AUGUCAAAUGAGGGCGAGAACCUCGGGUCACCUCUCCUGACCCAAGACAGUCGAAAGGCUGAAGGCGAGGGCGUGGGCGCGGGGCCGGGCGCGCCGGCCGAGCUGCGGGUCCGCGUGCGGCUGCCCGACGGCCAGGUCACCGAGGAGAGCCUGCAGGCGGACAGCGACGCGGACAGCAUCAGCCUCGAGCUGCGCAAGCCCGACGGCACCCUCGUCUCCUUCACCGCCGACUUCAAGAAGGACGUGAAGAUCUUCCGAGCCCUGAUCCUGGGGGAGCUGGAGAAGGGGCAGAGUCAGUUCCAGGCACUCUGCUUUGUCACCCGGCUGCACCACAAUGAGAUCAUCCCCAGCGAGGCCAUGGCCAAGCUUCGACAGAAGAACCCACGGGCAGUGCGGCAGGCUGAGGAGGUGCGGGGCCUAGAGCACCUGCACAUGGACAUCGCCGUCAACUUCAGCCAGGGGGGCCUGCUGAGCCCCCAUCUUCGCAACGUGUGUGCCGAGGCCGUGGAUACCAUCUACACCCGCCGGGAGGACGUCCGCUUCUGGCUGGAGCAAGGUGUGGACGGCUCCGUGUUUGAGGCUCUGCCGGAGGCCUCGGAGCAGGUGCACCUGUCCCGCUGCGGGCAGGUGGGGGAUGGCGGGAAGCCCUGUGUCUGCCGCUACGGCCUGAGCCUGGCCUGGUACCCCUGCGUGCUCAAGUACUGCCACAGCCGUGACCGGCCGACCCCCUACAAGUGCGGCAUCCGCAGCUGCCGAAAAAACUACAGCUUCGACUUCUCUGUGCCCCAGCGGCAGCUGUGUCUCUGGGAUGAGGACCCCUAGCGGGCUGGGGUGAGAGGGGGCCAUCUCUGAGUUCGCUGCUCUGGGUCCACCGCCCUUCCCCCAGCCACUGGAGGGGGUGGCCGCCCCCCACCGAGGCCUUACCUCCCUUCUCUUCCCUUGAUCCCGGAGCCUCUGGCCCCAUCACUCAAGACCGUGAAAAGGGGUGUGGCAUGGCAGGGGUUAACUCAUGAAGGCAGCCCCCACUCCCACCCUGUGCCUCCCUUGGGGACAGAGAGAAGGGGGUUCUCCGGGUGGGUCCCCCUCCCCUUCAUCUCCCCCGAAGUGUUCUCUUUCAAGCAAACAAAAUGUGAUGGCCCGUGAUUCCGUUGAACUCUUUGAAGGUUUAGACCCGAAAAGGUGUCUGUGCCUGUUACACCGACCUCCCCCCCGCCCCCCCCCCACACACACACGCACCCCCACUCCCCCAUCUGGAAGGAGCUGGCUGGCCCCUCUGCACCAUCAAAUGCCCAACGAGGAGGGGACCACGUCCCAGUGAGGGGGCCGUCGGGGACCAUUGCCAUAGCCCCUCCACCAGAUCACAGUGCAUUCUGCUCAUUGCUGUCCUCCCGACACUGGGGCAGGUGAGGGCCUCCCAGCCCGGACACAAACCACACGUGCCUUUCCCCAGACCCAGACUCUGUUGGGAGAGCAGGCCCCAGCUUCCCUCCUCGAGACGGAAAUAUUUUUUGUAAAGUUCUGGGGCGGGGGGGAGCACGAAGUAUGAGGAAAACUUGAAUUCCAGAUUUUUAAUGCAAAGUAUUUAUCAUUUGUACCAGAAAUAAAAGUUUAGAUUUUUAUUUGACA